UGGGGGCAGGUUUGCCAGAAACGUUGGGAUUUUUUAAAAGAAAAAUAACUUAAAACAAACAUUGCAGCCCAAAGUCAAUCGAAUACUAUUCGCCCACGAAAUAUACCGUCAGUUCACUUUACAGUAUAGCCUGUGGAGCGCUUUGAGACGUCUCAACGACGCGGCACGGUAAGGCGCGACGUCAAAUGAUACAGCAAGGAUUAUUAAAUACUGGCCUGAAACUCGUGAUCAGAAUUCAUCAUGAGCAAGAGAAAGUCAAAGGAGGGCAGUUUAUCCGUCGGAGAAUGCAUCUCGGAGAUUCACAAGAUAUUAAGAUCACGAUUCUGCCAACACGACCCUCGUAAACCACUUGGAGUAGACGCUCAGUAUAAGAAUUUGAGCGAGCUACUGAAACGAACAGCUGUUCACGGAGAGAGCAACUCUGUCCUGAUUGUUGGUCCCAGAGGAGCAGGGAAAACAAUGUUGCUGAAAGGCGUUUUGAAUGAAUUGUUAGAAGCAAAUUCAGUCAAGGAGAAUCUUCUGCAAGUUCACUUAACUGGCUUAUUGCAGACAGAUGACAAGAUUGCCUUGAAAGAAAUCACAAGACAGCUCCAGCUUGAGAAUGUUGUUGGAGAUAAAGUGUUUGGAAGCUUUGCCGAAAACCUUGCGUUUCUUCUGGAGGCUUUGAAAAAAGGAGAUCGCAGUAGCAGCCGCCCAGUGCUCUUUGUCCUGGAAGAGUUUGACCUCUUUGCUCAUCACAAGAAUCAGACCUUGCUUUACAACCUCUUUGACGUUUCUCAGUCAGCCCAGACGCCUGUGGUCGUGGUGGGGCUGACUUGCCGACUGGAUGUUUUGGAAUUGCUGGAAAAGAGAGUGAAAUCCAGAUUUUCCCACAGACAGAUACACUUGCUGAACGCAUUCGAUUUCAAUCAAUACGUAGAAAUCUUUCGGCACCAGCUUAGAUUAUCGAAAGAAUUUCCAGAUCGACGAUUUGCUGAAGAAUGGAAUCAGAAUGUACAGUCUAUGAGCAGAGAUAAGACCGUGAAGGAUGUUCUACAGAAGCAUUUCAAUUCCAGUAAAGAUUUCCGUUCCCUACACAUGCUGUUGAUGCUCGCACUGAAUCACGUGACUGUCUCUAACCCACACAUCCGACCAACAGAUCUUCUCGAUGCCAGCAGAACAUGCACCAUGGACUCGAAAGCUAAUAUACUGCACGGUCUGUCAGUGCUGGAAUUUUGCCUGAUCAUCGCCAUGAAGGACUUGAAUUACAUUUACGAUGGGGAACCGUUUAACUUUCAGAUGGUUUACAAUGAAUUUCAGAAGUUUGUUCAGAGGAAGGCUCAUUCUGUGCACAACUUUGAGAAACCAGUAGUCUUGAAGGCCUUUGAACAUCUGCAUCAACUGGAAUUGAUUAAACCAUUGGAGGGACCAAUGGUCCGAGCACAAAAGGAAUACCAACUGAUGAAAUUGCUGCUAGACAGUAGCCAGGUAAUGGAUGCACUGCACAAGUACCCACAGUGCCCAACUGAUGUCAGGCAGUGGGCAGUAUCAUCUUUGGAAUGACCGAGUGCGGAGUUUGGAUUUCAGUUGCUCAGAAGAAAAUAUAUUUUGGUGUUUGCUGGUGGAUUCCCAUUACACAAAACUAUGCAAAGAAAGUUUUGAGUUAUUACAAAUCACUGAAUAAUAGAAAGUCAUCCAUUCAGAUUUCACAAUGGUGCCAGGGAAACCUGGUCUUUUAUUAGACAUUUUUUGGAGGUUUCUUGUUUUAGGCAGGAGCUGUGUCACAAUAUGGUUCAUCAAAAGCCACUCCUCUGCUCCAUCUCAGGAAUUAUUUGUAUUUUGAAUAAGCCCAUAUUGGUAGGUUCUGAACCUAGAGGGUUUUCAAGAGAUUUCUUCUGCAUUUACUUUUUCAUGUUGGCAAAUAUUUACAAAACAUUCCUUCCAAAAGACUACCCUGGCAAUGUCUGACCUGCAGGUAUUUUCACACAGUAUUUAAUGGAGCUGUUAAUGUUAAGCAGAGUGUCCCUAAUUGAACUUGUGUAACUGGAAAAAAAGGGUUUCUGUAUCCUCACCAAUAUUAUGUAAACAUGUCAGAUUCAUGCUGUAUAAAACUAAAUUUUCUAUUAAAAGUAUUACAGAAA